AUGUGUAAUCUCCUGCCGUGUGCGGAUCCCGCCACGCCCGGCGUGUGGUGGCGCGACGACGCGCAGUGGCGCCGCUAUCCGCCGCACCUCCAGAACGCCGUCCGCAACGCCAUCGCCGGGGGGCUGCCGUCGCUCGACCUCGGCACGUUCGCGUCCGGCGUGUACCCUAACGGCGCGCGCUAUACCGCGGAUCUGCGCGCCAUGUCGCAGCGGAACGCGCAGAGCGGGUACGCGCGAGCGAUUAAGGUGAUUGGCGCGGCGCCGCCUGCUCCUGCGCCGUCCCAGGCCUUGGGAAUGCCGAAUCAGCAGGGCCUUCAGCUCCCGGGAGGAGCGCCGAUGCCGACCAUCCACUGGCGAGACAGCCGCAACAACUUGCAGCAGUACGACGCAGCAACGGCCCGAGCCAUCUUCCGAGCCGGCGCACAGGGCUACAUGUGCGCGCAAACCGCCCCGAUAGUCACAGCAGCGUACCCCUUGGGCGUGGUGUAUACCAUUGAUUUACAGCGCAUGGUGCAGAGGAACCCGUUCACGGGCCGGGAGAGGGAUGUAGUGGUGCAGUUUCCACACAACCCUCUUGAGCUGCUCAAGCUGGCUCUGGGGUCCACUGGGGAGGAUCGCAAGCAGCUGUUAGGCGCAACACUGGAAGCCUUCUGCUCAGAGGACAAUGUGAUGAAGAUGCUGGCGGGAAAGAUUUCGCCAUACCAGAUCAUUGGGAAGCGGCGGAACCCGAACCUGCAGCUGGGGCAGCCGGUGUUUGACAAGUUCGUGCAGUCCAUGGAAGGCAUCGCCACUGGCUGCGCCAACCUCAGCCCCAGCAAUCUGGUCGACGGACAGACCCAAGCAAGCGGCCUGCCACUCCCUCUGCAGCUUGCAUUCCACGGCACCCCGCCAGAGAACAUCAACUCCAUCUUCAAGGAAGGCAUGAGGGCCAGCCAGCAUUGGUUUGGCUGCCAUGCAAGCAUCAGCAGGUCGUAUGUCACUCCAACCCGCUCGGGCCCUGCUGGGCCUGUGUGGAAGCUUAUCCUCUUCGUGCUGCUCAUGGUGCGGACCGUGAUUUCCUCGCGAACUGAUAGUGUGGUGGUGAUGACCAGUGCUCACCAUGAGCUGCCUGUGUAUGAGAUUACUUUUCAGGGUUAG